GUCAACAGUGGUUGUUCUGUUUUGCAAGCAGUAGUGAUGGUUAUCAACAAAGUAUGGAAUGUUCUACAGGAGAGCAUGACUUAACAGUUUAAACCGGUUAGGUUGAAGACGACAAGCAACCAGUUUACCAUACAUUAAGUUAGAGGUGCUAAACGAAUGGCGUACUUAACUAAAGACAAAAGGGAGCGUGAUGGUCUUGUGAAACACACCGGAGGUUGCCACUGUGGCGCGGUGCGUUUUGAGGUGUGGAGCGCUCCAGAUUUACACGUGUUCAGUUGCAAUUGCAGUAUUUGUACAAAGAAACAGAAUCUCCACUUCAUUGUGCCAAAAUCCCAGUUCACCUUGCUGCAGGGAUCAGACAACAUAACCACAUACACAUUUAAUACACACAUGGCCAAGCACACGUUCUGCAAAACGUGUGGUGUCCAGAGUUUCUACACGCCACGUUCCAACCCUGAUGGAUUUGGUGUGGCACCUCACUGUUUGGACCCUGGAACAGUGAGCAGUGUCACUGUAGAAGACUUCUGUGGGCAGAACUGGGAGGAAAGUAUGCAGAAGCAUCAAACUAUAAGAAGUAUGUCAAAACAAACAACAGACACAUGACUCACUGUUUCUGUUGGCCAAUUAAGCUCUAAGACUAAAUUGUACUCUCCUGCUUCUCAAGGCAGUUUUAAUGAUAUAUUAGUGACACCAUGAAUCAAACUUAAGGUUUUGUGGCUUUUGUCUAUUGGCUUUAAGGACACCUAAUGUAUAUGCUAAUGUACUCCAAAUUGUUGACAAAAUUCACUUUAACAGAUAUAAACAUUUACAAUAAAUAUUUAUUUUCUGAGAAAUUGGACCAAAAAUAUUCAUGAAUCAUCUUGUAUACACAGAUUUUUUGAAAUAGCUUAUUUUAGUCUAGAAUGAAAACAUCAUCUCCCUCUAAAUUAUAUAUUGCUU